UUUGGUGAAGCGCAUCUUUUAAGCCUUUGACUGUAAACUAGAAGAUUAUCUUGUUUCUAUUAUUACACUUCGUUUUCUUCUUCUUCGUCGUCGUCGUUGUCACCCUUCGCCUAUAACCAAUCUCCACCCCAAAUAUCUGUUACUCUUCCUCAACCACACACCCACAAAGAUGCCCCGUUCCGGAUACGACUUGACUGGAACUGCCCAGGGCUCGCCAGCUUCUGAGGCCGCGGCUCGAGCCAGGCAAAGAACUGCUUCAAGCCGAACUCCUCGUGCUGGCACUCCUACCAACCCACCCCGCCAAGAUGGAGAUGACCAGGAGAUGACUCCUCGAGCGUCUCGAGUUGGCCGCUUUGCUUCGGUUGCUCCUAUGAACAUUCAUCCGAGCUUUCAGACGGGCUUCAUUCCGCAGAGCAUGGCCGGACCUGAGCUGUACCAGAACCCUUUGAAAAUGAGUUUAGCUCAGAACGCCUCGCGAUCGUGGAUGAUGCAUGCCAACUCUCAAUACAACCAUGGUGUCUCUCCUGAGGCGCAAUCGGCCGUCUUUUCGAGACCUGCAGUUCCUGCCUCCGCUAGCCAAGGUAUCGGAUUCGUCAACACUCAAGCAGCAUAUCAACCAAUCAACUCUGGAGCCGCCAACUUCAGAGUAGAACAGCAUCUUUUUGAGAGAAGUGGUGGUCGGCUCCAUGCUAUGCCCGCCAGCCAGCAUGGGUUUCAAGCCAGUCACACCAUCAAUCCGAAUCUCCAGCCGCCUUUUCACGGCUUCUACAGCCAAACGGGCACAGGACCAUCUGGCAUUAUCGAUGAAGACGCCGAGAUGAGCGAUGCCGACAACCAGAGUUACAAGUGA